AAGAAAGAGGACUUUGCAGAUUUUAGCAGAGUUUACAUUAGUUGUCUUGUACUCUUUGUAUUUUCCAGAGUUCAGCUCUUUUUUAAGAAUAUUAUACUUUGUUUUUGUGCUAAAAUUAAAACUUAAGCAGAUCCAUCGGAUCCACUGAGAAGACAAGACUACUCAUCUUUUUCGCACCAACCUUCCCGAUCCAGUCCGAGAGCUCCUUCAUCUGAGACACGAGAUGGAUCCUUCCCGUCUAAUCCUCAUCACUGUCGGUCUUGUUGCUGUAGGAUUCCUGCAGCUUGUGACCUCUCAACCAAUCCCACUGGACAUGGUUCCUGAAGCUGUUGAUGACAUGUACAGUGGAUGCAAGAAGGAAAUGGCGAAGAAGGUCAACGACAAAUACUUCAAAAAAGAGUUUCAUGGAAUAUUUAAACAGGCCUGGAUAAAUGCAGGAAAGUGUUCCCACAAGAAACCAAACCCAGUGGAUAAGGCUCUCAACAAACAGCACAUGCACGCAAUCUGUGCUUAUUCAUCUAAAAUCAUUUAUAAAGAAUUUAAUGCAGCAGUCAGAACCAAUAAGAACACCUACAGCAGCUCUUUCAAAUUCCACUCUUUACAUUUCUGGCUGACUUCUGCCAUACAAAUCCUGAAAGACCAUCAAGGCUGUCACAAUACUUUUAGAAGAACCAAAUCUGUGUUCACCGGCAAAGUUAACAACUUGAUGCGGUUUGGUACGUUUGCCUCCAGCUCUUUCGAUAAUACCUUUUUAAAAUACGGUAGUGAGACCUGCUUUCACAUGCGGACCUGUUUAGGAGCCUACCUGAAGCAAUAUGAAGUAUUUGAUAACAAAGAAGUGCUCAUCCCCCCCUAUGAAAUAUUCAAGAUAACCCACAUUUUUAAUGGCCAGGGUACAUAUCCGCCUCUGCCUGACUGUAAGAGGGUCUUUGUUUUGCAAAGUGUUGGAAAGCAGAGUAAACUUAACUGCAGAGUUGCAAAGUAAGAGAGAGCAGAGUUUUCUCCAACUGAUGCAGAACAUGUCUAUGUGCAGCAGACUGUAUGUCUGUAUGGGAUCAAUACAUGUGUGACAUCACACACAUCUGUAUUUACUUUCUUUACAUUUUGGUUUUCUGUAUUUCCUUUCUUUUUAUUUUCAUGUUUGUAUUUUUAUUUCAUUAAAGGUUUGAUUGAUGUUGCAGUUUGUUGCUUUUUAUCAAUGAUAUGUGUUGCAGCAAUAUAACUUUGUGGUGUUGAACAAUGAUAAUAAAGCUGUUUCUGAUUCUACUGAAUAUUCUCAUAAUUCAAAUAAAGAUUAACAUGUGAACAGCUGUAAUGUGCAGAGACAACAAAUAAUCAAAUAAAGCAAUAAAAACUCA